CACAGUUUUCAUUGAAUAUUUAUCUUACUUAUGGAUCUAAUCCAGUUCUCUACGCAGCCCGUAGAGGAAAGCUAUGCCAAUCCCAAAACAUGUUUCUUUCACGUGCUCUUCAAGGCUUCAGCUUUGGCAUUUUACAUACUUUCAGCACUGUUUGCCGAUAGUUUUGUUAUCAUCUUUGUGAUCACUGUUGUGCUUUCUGCUCUUGAUUUUUGGGUCGUUAAGAAUGUCAGCUGCCGUAUCUUAGUUGGGCUUAGGUGUUGGAAUGAAAUCAAUGACCAAGGUGAGAGCAUAUGGAAAUUUGAGUGCCUUGACCAAGAGUCGUUAGCUCGUAUUAACCAAAAAGAUUCCUGGCUAUUUUGGUGGACAUUGUACCUUAAUGCAGUUGCUUGGACAAUCCUUGGAUUAUUUUCACUGGUAAGGUUCAAUAUUGAUUAUCUCCUAGUUGUGGGAGUUUGUUUGAGCCUUGGCGUUGCCAACAUCAUCGGAUUUACCAAAUGCCGUAAAGAUGCCAAGAAGAAGAUUCAAGCGUUUGCCUCUCAGGCCAUUGCUUCUCGUGUCUCAUCUACAAUACAGUCGGCAUUUAGCGUGGUAUGAGUUGUACUGGCCAGAUUGCUUGAAUGCUAGGCAGUAAAUGCUAUUCCUAGUAAUACACCGCUGUUCUUUUUUCUUUUCUAGUGGUCAAUAUCAGUUAAAUAAUGCCUUCACUUGCUCGAAAUUUUCUGAACGCUCCUUGUGACAUAUGUGGAAAGUGUACUUAUAGUGAUUUAUGCCAA